AUGGCCGUGGGGACGACGCAGCAUCAGUCUCUGCCGGAAGGGGCACAGUCAAAGUCCACAGAAGCCGAGGGACGGGAGAGGCGUGCAGUCGUCACCACCAUCAACUACUACGACGACCCCGGUGACGGAUCCCCUCCGACCCCAAUCGUUGUAGGUGGUCAAACAGUCACAAAUGAGAGGAAAAUGACGCCUCGCACCGUCACCGUCACCGACGUCAGAGGCGACGAGGACAAGUACACGCUCAACACCCACGGCUUCCAGUACGUCCGCCACGCCAGCGUCGAGACGGACUUUACAGACGAGGAGAGGGUCAAGGGCGUCUACUACCCCGAGAUGGAGAAGCUGUACAAGGAAAUCACGGGAGCCAGCCGGGUCGUCAUCUUCAACCACCAGAUCCGCCGCGGGCCGGCCAACUGGCACAGCCUGGGCGAGCGCAACACGGAGCAACGCGGGCCCUUGCACAAGGCACACGUGGACCAGUCCUACGACGGCGCCGUCAUGAUGGCGAGGCACCACCUCGGCGACGAGGCCGACGAGCUGCUGAAACGGCGCUUCCAAAUCAUCAACAUUUGGCGGCCCAUCAGGACGGUGCGGAGGGACCCGCUUGCCGUCGCGGACGGAACCACGGUCGCCGAGGCGGACCUUGUACCGGGUGCCAUCAUUUACCCCCGGCACCGGGCCGAGACGUGGACCAUUAAGCCGAACCCGGCGCACCGAUGGUACUUUUUGGACGGACAGCGGCCGGAUGAGGCGUUGCUCAUCAAGUGUUUUGACUCGGAUACGUCGGUGGUCAGGAGGGCGGCGCACUGCGCUUUUCGGGAUCCGGAGAUGGAUGGGAUGGAGUGCCGGCAGAGCAUCGACAUUCGGGCGCUGGUAUUUCAUUGA